AUGACCCUCAGCAACAUAAAAAGAGCAUCAACAGAACGCAAGUCCUUCAGCCCGAGGACACAAGCUUUCGUAGUCUCUAAGCAAGAUGAAACGCGCUACUGCCUUACUUCUCGCUGCCUUCCAGCUCCCAGGUUGCUUCUUAGAAGCUUACUCUGCCAGCCAUACACUCGGUCUGUCUGACGGCUUUACGACUUUCGAGACACCGUCGUUCUCGUUCACCAUUGUGAAUGACUCGCAAACAGCGUAUUCAAUACGACCUGGUGGUCAAACUGGAUCUUUCGAUUUCCUGCCAUAUGAUGUCAUGAGCAAGCGUGAUUCGGAUGGUCAAUAUCAUUUGGGAGACAUCACUUUCCGGGCUCGAAUUGCUGGAUCGAACUCAAAUUGGUCGAGUGGUGAUUCUUCACAAGCAAGGAAGAAGGUUACCGCUCUACCAACUUCUGGCAACACGCUUGCUGCAGCAGAUCUCUCGCCGACUCUUCCCUCGAAUUCCCUGCUAAAUAUCACACGCCGAUGGGUUCUGAAUGAUAGUCAUUUACAGCUGCUUUUCGACGUCUCAAAUGCACAAUCGCGCGCGGUCGAAAUUGGCGCUCUCGGUGCAGAUCUAGAGUUCAACAACAUAUUCACUGAUAGGACGGCCUCAGACACAAAUAACAAUUGCAGUCUGUUCGAUCCUUAUAUAGGGCUCGACGCUGGUUACGUGCAGGUGACACCGCUGCUCGGCACAUUGCCGCCACUGGUCGUGACGCCCGUUGGAAAAUCCCCACUAGAGGGAUGGAGAUUCCUACCAGAGGACACUUCGACGGAUCCUUUCUAUCAAUCGCAAACAUUCGAAGGUCUUUACGAGUGGCAGUUUCACACAUUAGCGUAUGCGGAGAAUGAAUGGGCCGCGGUUGUGCCGUGGAACAACGCUACUUCUGCGAUUUUGCAGCCCGGGGAGACGCGCACGUAUGGCUUACAGUUUGAUGUCGCACCGUCUAUUCGACAGAUCGAGGAUACAUUACUAUCACUGAAGCGACCAAUGGCUGUCGGUAUCCCAGGAUAUGUACUGCCGCAGGACCAAACUGGAAAGCUAUUCCUGAACUAUGCAUCACCGGUACGAUCAUUAUCUGUCAGUCCCGCUGGAGCCCUAUCAUCCAAAAAGAAUGGAGACUCGCUGAACUCGAGCUGGGUUGGCUUUGAUAUUACCCCGAACACCUGGGGUCGUUCUCGUCUAACUAUUACCUAUGACGAUGGAACCGAACAAACUGUACAUUACUACGUGACAAAGGCAGCUGUACAGGUGAUGGAUGACCUGGGGCAUUUCUUGACGACAGACCAGUGGUUCGAUGACCCCUCAGAUCCGUUCCAUCGCUCACCAUCAGUGAUAAGUUAUGAUCGGGAAGUGAACGCCGUUGUUCGUAAUGACCCUCGAGCUUGGAUCCCAGGUCUGAGCGAUGAGGCGGGUGCUGGGUCGUGGCUUGCCGCUUCCAUGAAACAAUACGUGCAACCGACAGUGUCCGAAGCGGCGACGAUGGAGACCUUCGUUAAUUCAACGCUUUGGGGCUCGGUUCAGAACUCGACUGGUUCAGGCAUUUACACGGUCAAGAAGUCCGUUUUCUUCUAUCAGCCAGAUCUGGUUCCUAAUUAUGAUUAUCCCUCGUCAAUUGACUGGACCAACUGGUGGUCCUGGAACCAAGCAGCUUCUUUCGCUAUCGACCGUGCCUACGACUACGUUCACGUUACUGGAGCGUACUGGGCAAUGUAUCGUGUCGCUCGGAACUACGAGUCUAUACCCUUGGCGCAAACGUGGCAAUGGUUUAUUAAUCAAGCUUUCCAGACUGUCAUGAGGAUGACAGACGGUGACGUUGGAUUCGUGGAUGAUGGACUUAUGGAUGAGACUGUCUUCCUUUAUUUAUUGGAGGAUUUGAAGAGGGAAGGCCUAACUGCGAAUGCCACGGCGAUGGAAAGUAGGAUGAAAGCGCGGCAAGCUGUAUGGGCAGGAAUGCGUUUCCCAUUCGCCUCCGAGAUGGCUUGGGAUUCUACAGCUCAAGAAGGCGUAUAUGGAUGGAGCAAAUAUUUCAAUGAUACUACCACUGCAACAAAUACACUGAACUCUAUCCUUGCGUACCAACCUACAGUGGCCCACUGGGGGUACAACGGGAACGCACGAAGAUAUUGGGACAACAUCUACGGAGGCAAGCUCAUGCGCAUCGAACGACAGAUACACCAUUACGGCAGUGGAUUGAAUGCACUUCCUCUAAUGUCUCAAUUCGAGUCCGACCCCGAUGACUUCUAUCUCUUGCGAGUUGCAUUUGGUGGACUAUCUGGACCAUUGACAAAUAUCGACCAAGGAGGCUUUGCAUCUGCAUCGUUUCAUUCCUUCGCAGAUACUCUCAAAUGGGACGCUUAUUCAGGAGACUACGGACCAAACUUCGUGGGGCACGCACUUAACUCUGGCGUGUACCUCGUGCAGCACCCAUCAUUCGGCUGGCAGGCAUUCGGGGGUAGCGUAACGAAUAGCUCUGGGACGAACGUACAAGUUCAAGUACGAGACUCCGUACGUAGGCGAGUAUUUGUUGCACCGCUUGGAAGGCUGUUUACGCUUGAUGCCGGAGCAUUUGACUCAUUCGAGUUCAAUCCGGAGAGCAAGUCCGUCACGCUGACGAUAUUGCCUGCGCCGAAAGAAAUUGAAGAUGCCGCACCUGCCUCACGAGCUCGGGUGGUUGUUAAGCAGACGACUGGUUCUGGUAGUAUGCAGCCUUCCACGGAUUUGCAGGAGGAUGCUGGAGCUUGGGUUGUUCCCUUUUCGUCGGGGACGGCGUCAGUGACUUUUGUUUCGGCUUGAAAAACAUUGUACGAUUAGGGAACUUUUUUGUAUUUACAGGGUUGAAAAUACAAAGUAUCAAGUUUGAAUACGCAAGCGACAAAACUACGCAAAUUAACGUACAAGCUUCUUACACGCUUACCCAUCGAUAUUAGAGCAGUAGGAGAAGGGACAACUGUACAAGCCUGGCAAGAGUGAAAUGAAAGAAACGACAUGAAUUUAUUCGUUAUUACUAGAUGAUGAAAAAUUGAAUCGCAUCCAUCAAUAAAACAUCGCAUCCAUCAAUAAAACAUCGCGUCAUAUCUAUCGUUAUACCCUCUCCUUGUCAUCACGCACUUCGUCGCUAACGCUCUCGCGUUUCUCAUGAUGGUGGAGAUGCUUGUCGGCAGGUCUCCAACUAGACGAGUUCCACGGCUUCACGCCAGAUCGGUACAGUUCGUCGACUUCUUCGAGACUUAGGCCCUUCACCUCGGGGAUGAAGAAGUACACGUAGAAGAAACCGAAUACCAACAUGCCAAAGAAAAUCAUCAGGAUCCAUGGACCGAUAUCGUUUGCGAUCCUUGGAGCAAAGAACGAGAGUAGGAAGUUCCAUAUCCAGUUCGAUGCACUUCCCAAAGCGAUACACUUCGGUCGGACACGGAGAGGGAAAGACUCCCCAAGGUACACCCACGGAGUCGGACCCCAGAAGAUACUGAAGCUGAAUACAUGCAUGACAGCAAAUGCAAUGAGUACAUCUCCUCCGCGUUUAUUACGCGCAGUGAGGGUGAUGCUUUCUACGUCUGUCCCAGGAGGAGGUAGCAGCUUGCCCCCAACAACUCCCGCGACCAACGAGCAAACCGCCUCCAUGAUAGCUCCAGUGAGUAGAGACCUUCUACGACCCCAUGUCUCUAUGAGAUAGAGCGCUGGGACGGUACCAAAUACUGAUACUGCACCGAGAAUCGUCUGAAUCACGUACGGAGACAACUCAGUUCCUGCACUCUUGAAGAAAGUAUCGCCGUAGUAAUAAUAGAAGUUUUGGCCAUUCAAUUGUUGUAUGAACUGAAGCAUCAUUCCAUUUAUCGUACGUUUCCAUAGCUUAUUACGCGUAGAGAAGCAUUCCAACCACGUUGCUUUGCCGCCUUCAUUUUCUUCCUUUAUACCGACUUCGAGUUCCUCAACCAUGUCGAGCACAAGCGGAUCGUCCACAGAUACCGAAUUUAGAUCUGCAAUGACUCGACGCGCCUCAUCUGUGCGACCCAGACCAAGCAAAUGACGGGGCGAUUCUGGAAGGAAGAAUAUGCCAGAAAGUAGGAUAAGUCCCCAGAGCAUCUGCAGCCCGACCGGAAUCCGCCAGGAAGCAGAGUUGCCUAUCGAAUGCGUCCCAAGGUCAAUUACGUAGCUGAUAAAAAUUCCUGUGAUGAUCUGCAGUUGAUACAACACGAUCAUUGUGCCACGAAUUUUCUUCGGAGCGGUCUCGCCAUUAUACAACGGCACGAUUGCAGACAAUGCUCCCACACCUAGGCCAGCAAUGAAGCGUCCAAUGGUGAUUUGCGCAAGCGAGAACGUCGUGGCAGUUUGAAUGGCAACACCAAUAGUGAAGAUCCCUGACCAGAUAAGAAUUGAUCCCUUCCGACCAAAGCGAUCAGACGUGAAUGCCUGAGCAAGGGCUCCUACGAACGUCCCUGCUGAUAAAAGAGACGUGAUGAUUGAUUGACGCGAGCUCGUUAGCACAAAUCCGCCUUUGCCAUCCGGCUCUCCAAAUCGUCGUAUAAAAUCGGGCAUAAUAAGACAUCCUGAAAUAACACCAAUAUCAUAACCAAACAGGAAUCCUCCGAAUGCAAUAAAGACGGCAAGUAGGAUAGCCUUGCUGUUCGUUGGCGUAGGCAGCGCAGCAGUUGACCCCAUAAUGACGUAAUUACCAGAGAUGGUCGAAACGAUGGCUAACUACAAUAGCAAGCUUUCGAAGCACUGGGCGGAAGGCAAGUGCCUGGACUUCGACCGAACGGACGGACAGACGAAGGAAGACGGGUGGUCUGGCUCGUUGAACGUGUCACCAGAAACAACUACCG